AUGCCGCUUUGUGUUACUCUCACCUUUACCAUUGGCCUGAUGUCUGCGUUGAACAUUGAUAUACUCACCAACCAGGACUUUGUUUGGGGAUUUGGACUUGUUGUCAACGGAUUGAUGUUCAUUUCCAUGGUUGUAUAUGUUGGCGCGGCCAAAUUUAGAGCUGUGUUGGUCAAUGAUUUUGGAUUGGAUGACUGGAAGCUCUCAAAAACCUGGGAAUGGGUAAUUAAAUUUGUUGCUCCCAUCGAAGCAGUGGCGCUGAUCGUGUGGUGGGCUAUCGAUCUGAUCAAUGCUGAGUCCGCAGAAGGGGAGAAGUGGUACGACUUUGGCAGAGAAACUUUCAUGGUCACCAUUAUACAGUGGCUGGCACUUCUCGUCCUUCUUGUCGCAAUCAACAUGGUUGUGGUUUUCUGCAUCUUGAGGAGGCGUGGAGGAGAAACUACAACACUGCUAGAAAAAUACGACACGCUGACCGCAUCCGACACGGUUGAGCGGCGACAGUUACGCAACGGUCAAAGUAUAGAAAUUAAAAUGUGA